AUUUCAUCACAUUGAGUGAUAAUGAUUGAUAAGUUCGUGAAAAAUUUUCAUUACCGGUUAAAAUAAUUAUGGUUAUUUUACUAUAAAGGUAAUAAUUCUUUUAAUUAAUGCGUAUUACAAGCAAUACUCCUGUUUGUGCAUUUCUUUAAGUUCCUAUCCUCGAGAUUUUUACUAGUUUUCCAAGUCCUGUUCACUAUGAGUUAUCCCGAUGAAAGCAACGUUCGAAAACCUGUACCUCCAGGUCCUGCAGGCCCGUAUGGUGCAGGUCCUGCGGGUCCAUACCCUCCAGGACCACAAGGUCCUUAUGGUGCUGGUGCAUUUGGUCCUUAUGGCGCACCCCGUGGUCCUUAUGGUGCCGGUCCUUACGGUAUGCAAGAUCCACAAACACAAUUCGAAGGUCCGUAUAAGUUUUCAAGAGAAGAACUUCAAGUACUGAAACAAUGUAAUCGAGAAAGUUUCUACGGCAGAUGCCUGCCAUUUAUGACUGCCUUAGGUUUAGGAGCGUAUUAUGGAGUUCAUCUGGGUUAUUCCAAGGCGCAUCCCAAGUAUGGAGCGACGCCGAAAGUCGCGAUAGGUUUAAUUCUAGGAUUUAUAGGUGGUAAGCUUUCGUAUAAAAAUAAAUGUGAAGAGAAAAUCCUAGCGCUGCCAGGUGGUAGGCUAAAAGAAGCGGUUUUAGCACGGCGAAAAAGCAAAGAAAGUGUGCUCUCGUCACUUGGCGAAGGGGUAUACAACGAUGCAUCAAUGAGUUAUGCUAUGCCUUACAUUGGCGGAAAUUUACAACAAAGUGAAGCGAAAUCAAUCGCAGAAUUAGAUACCGAUAGACCUUACGAUUCGUUUGAUGAUCCGCUUAGAUCAAAUCUCGAUAGUGAAACUGAGCAGUUACCAAUACCUCCACCUUCUCACUCGGUGUCAUACGACGAAUUACGUAUGAAAAAUCGUGAAGAAUAUGAUAACAGAAGAAAAUUAUAUAGGAGCGGACCUUUAGAUGAUUACGCUGGUUAUGGUGGUUCAUUUGCUCCUCCACCAGCAGGUUCUCGAGACAUGGGACCUUCUGCUAGGCCACCCCCACCAACGCAGCCUAUUCAAUCACCUCAGGCUCAAGAUGCAGCUCAGUUAUACACCACACAACCCAAAUUACCUCCUCAACGAAAAAAUCUAUAUGGAGAUGUUGUUGAAAAAUAGUAUCAUGUGAUUUUACUUAUUAUUGAAGUACAAAUUGAACUUCGAAUUGUGCUGAACACGAAUUGUUAUCGGAACUGGUUUCGUUUGUAUAGGAAUGAUAUCCACGCUGCCAAAUUAGGCUUAUUGAUCAAAACACUAAAGUUGAAAUUCAAGUUGUAGAUUUUAUUAUUUUAAUUUAUAAAAACAAAAAAUUCAUAAUAAACACUAAUUUACUUUA